CUAUGUUGUCUAUAGUCCGUCGCUAGAGAAAAUGUUGAAAGGACGCACGUUAAAUUAAAUAUUUGUAAAAUUACUAGAAAUAUAUAAAACAAAUGGAAUUAACUGCAUAUUCGCGCCGUGGAAGACUCGGUUCUACUAUAUUUAGCGUCAGUGAAUCCAUUCGGUUGCUCGUCGAGUGCUAGCGAGGGCACUCGAAAUCGCUUUCGAGUAGCCUCAUCUUGCGCUCUCUAAGUGCUCAAUUAGUUAUGUUGACGUGCGCGAGCGUCGAGGUCUGCGAGUGAAAGUUCGACUGACUUUUCCUCGGUGAAAAUGAGACUCAAGCGAGUGAAAUAACGAGGAAAGUGUUCAGCUAGUUAUCGCAAAUGGAGAACGCGGGUUUUCCUUCUGCCGACGGGUGUGGAGAGGACAUCGAGCGCGCGCUGAUGGACCUUGGGCCGCUGCUCGGGGUCUCCAUCAAGGAGGAGGCGCCCGACGAGCUCGCCGAUGGCUCCUCGCGGAUUAAUGCGGACGGCGCGGCGCCGGGCGCGGGGCCGAGCGCGGCGCCCGUGGCCAAGGCGGAGGAGGGCGCCGACUCGCUGGCCUCGCCGUCGCGCACCUCGUUCCUGGCGCUGCGCUGCGUGUUCUGCCACGGCGCGCUGGCGCAGGCCGACGGCACGCCCAAGCUCAUGGAGUGCCUGCACUCGGCCUGCGAGCCCUGCAUCAAGAGCAAGGUGGAGGAGAAGCUGGCGCCCAGCCGCGACUUCCUGGGCGCCGGCUGCGUCAGCAUCACGUGCGCCGCCUGCCGCCUGCAGUGCCAGCCCGGCAACAUGAUCGACCAGCGCUUCGUGCUGGAGAAGCUGCCGCCGGCGGGCGGCGGCGCGGCGGCGCAGCAGUGCAACGGUUGCGACGAGCCCGAGCCCGCCACCAGCUACUGCGUGGAGUGCGCCGAGUUCAUCUGCGACAGCUGCGUGCUGGCGCACCAGCGGCUCAAGAUCACCAAGGACCACACCAUCAAGAGCAAGGACGAGGCGGCGGCCGAGCGGCCCGCGGCGCCGCACGACAUGCUGUGCCGCGAGCACCCGCAGGAGCGCCUGGCGCUGUUCUGCGAGACGUGCGACCGGCUCACGUGCCGCGACUGCCAGCUGCAGCACCACCGCGACCACCGCUACCAGUUCAGCUCGGAGAUGGCGGCGCAGGCGCGCGGCGCCGUGGCCGCGCUGCUGUCCGAGGUGAGCUACAAGCGCGUGCUGCUGGGCUCCGCCAUGAAGGUGAUCCGCGACCGCCAGCACCUCAUCGCCGAGAAGAAGAAGGCGCUGGUGCACGAGAUCACGCAGACGGUGGUCAAGCUGACCAACGCCGUGAACACGCGCGGCAAGCAGCUGGUGCUGCGCCUCAACGAGGUGUGCGACGCCAAGCAGCGCACGCUGGGCGAGAAGAAGGACGCGCUCGAGCAGCUGGCCGCCAUCACCGACCACUGCGUGGACUUCGUGAACGCGGCGCUGCAGCAGGGCAGCGACACGGCCGUGCUGCACAGCAAGCGCACCGUGGCGGCGCACCUGCAGCGCAUCAAGAGCCGGCGCGCCGACAUCCCCAACCCCGAGAUCCCCGUGCGCAUCUCGCUGGCGCUGGACAAGCUGCCCGAGCUGGUGCGCGUGCUGGGCGGCAUCGGCGCCAUCGUGGUGGACGGCAAGCUGGACGGCGGCAGCCCGGGGCCCGCCGCCGCGCCCGCGCCCGCCGCGCCCGCGCCCUACCUCGCGCACGCGCCCGCGCCGCCGCACUCGGCCGUCGUGGCGCUGCAGCAGGUGGCCAUGCAUCAGUCGUACGUGGCGGCGGUGUCGGGCGCGGGCGGGGCGGGCGGCGCGGGCGCGGGCGGGGGCUACCUGCCGCGCGCGCGCGCACACACGCCGCUGCGCCACCCGCACGUCACGUCCACCACGCACCCGCACCACCUGCACGGCAUGAACGAGAUGAACCUGCGCGGGCUGCUGAACGCGAGCGGCGCCCGCGCGCGCGCCGCCGGCCCGCUCGCCGUGGUGCCGCACGGCGCCGGCGCGCUGGCCCUGGGCCCGCACGGUGCCGGCCCGCACGGCGCGCUGCCCGCCAUGCAGCAGGCCUAUCACCAGAUGAUGGGCGCGUACGCCGGCGGCGCGUACUGCGCGGGCGCCAGCGGGCGGCGCAGCGGCGGGCCGCGCACCCCGUCGCCCGCGCCGCCGCCGCCGCAGCCGCCCGCCGCCAAGUGGCACAUCCCGCAGCACGCGCUCAACGGCGAGCCGCCGCCGCCCGCGCCGCAGCCCGACUACAAGAUCACGCUGGGCCGCGCGCGCGCCGCGCCCGCCGUCACCUCCACCAACCCCAAGACGCCCAGCCCCAGCCUGGCGCCGGGCGCCGCCGAGCUGGACAAGGUGUGCGCCGAGUCCGUGCAGGACCUCAUGGCCACCAUCGCCAAGCUGGACUCCAACGGCGUGCAGGUGGUGGCGGAGCGCGCGCCCGCCGCGCCGUCGCCCGCCGUGCACUCGUCCACGGACGCGCGCGGCGACCCCAACGAGGACUGGUGCGCCGUGUGCAUGGACGGCGGCGAGCUCAUGUGCUGCGACAAGUGCCCCAAGGUGUUCCACCAGUACUGCCACAUCCCCACCAUCGAGAAGCUGCCCGACGAGAGCGAGUCGUGGCAGUGCCUGCUGUGCGUCAACUUCGCCGACGAGCCCGACGACGGCAGCGAGCUGGCGGGCGAGCUGGCGGGGCGCACGCGGCGCGUGGUGGAGCGGCUGACGCUGGAGCUGUACUGCCAGUACGAGCUGUCGCUGCCGUUCCGCGAGCCGGCGCCGCACGGCCGGCACUGCCUGGACGCCAUCCGCCUGCGCCUGCAGCCGCGUGCCGAGGGCCGCUACGCGCGCGCCGCGCAGUUCGUGCGGGACGUGCGCCUGCUGUUCCGCGACGCGCGCGCGCACUACGCGCCCGACUCGCCGCUGCACCGCGACGCCUGCCGCCUCGAGGACUUCUUCGACGCGCAGCUGGCCAAGCUGCUGCCCGACUUCAGCGGCUGGAGCGGCGAGGGCGAGCCGCCCGCCAAGCGCCCGCGCCAGUGACACGAGACAAACUUUACUGAAUACACGAGACGAACACCGUGACAGUUUCACCGUCUGUGAGCCGCCUCGACAGGUAUAGGUUCAAUACGAGAAAGCCCUUAACAAUAUUAAAAAUUACCUUAAAUAAUUGAAAAAUUUAAACAGCCUGUUUGUAAGUAUGAAGUCAUAGAAGUUUGAUCUAGUGUAGGCUAACGUGAAAGACCUCAAAGGGACCGAGAGCCGCACAGCGGCAUCGCGGGGAAUAGGUAGGUGUUUGAAUACAGAAUGUUUUAAAAUAAUCGAUUUUUUAAAUUUGUUACAGUUGUAACUCUUUGAAUUGUACUUUGUUUUUUUUUUUUAAAUAACUCUAAUGGAUAAUAUACAUUGGGUACAUUAUGUGGGACUAAUGUUGGGAUUUAAGAUGAAGGAAACUUCACGGUGUAUAUAUUUUUAAUUAUUAUACAUAUUACAGGCGCACCGGCGACGCGCCCCAAUAUGUCCAUGUGCGUACAGAAAUGGAACUACAUAUAUGAUCUAAAACUACAAAGUUAGCGAACACUGAAGUCGGCCACAACUUGACUGUUGCACGCAAUGUUUCUGGUGAUAUAACACAAGAGCUGCCUCUACGUCUCUAUGUUGAUAUGUGACGGUGCACAGACGGACGGGCAGUGUGUGUCAGUGUGGACGGGCCGGUGUGAGGGAGCCAUUGUUUCAAGUGUUUGUGCGGUUCACCGUGGUGGUGCUCUAUGCAUUGUUGAGAGUCCAUGGGACGCUCUGCCACGAAGAUGAACCUCCACAAUCACAAUACAGAAAACAAUUCGUUUGGGGAAAAAGUAAUUCAUUAUUCGAUAGUUUUCUGUACUGAUAGAUAUCUUGUAAACCAUUAAAAUUUAUCAACGAUCUCCCUAUUUCUCACACCGGAAAACUUUCUUCGACAUGAAAAAUUGGUACCAAGAGAAGACUUUGUAUUAAUAAUAUAAAGUCUUGAAGUUCUCAUAGAAAUAAUGGAUUUCUUUUUCCCCGUAUAAAUUUUUAUUACAAUUAUUUUACAUACAUUUAGAUGUUUUAUGAAAUUUUAAUUGAAUUGAUAGGAUUAUUAAUUACAGUAGGUAUUUAUUUUUUGCCUAAUACGCGUUUGAUGUAAAGGACGAUGUUAAUAAAUAAAACCAGGUCUGGCGCAAACGAAACAUUUUACAUUACUCGCAUUAUGGGUGUAUGACUAAAUAAAUACUGCUUAGUGUGAUAUUGCUAUUUGAAUUUUGACAGAAGUGCAAUACCCUUAUUAUAUAUUUUUUAAAUUGGAUAAUAUGUACGCCUACGUCCCUCACAAAAAACGUCACUUUCUAUUUGUAAAAGAAUUUUCAAAAUCGAUUCAGUAAAUCCAGAGGUAACCCCUACAAAUUUACAAAUUUUAUCUGUAUAAUAUUAGUAGCUAUCGAUAUAGGUAUAAAUGUGUAAAUGAAUGUCCCGUAAUUAAUGGAUAAAACGCAGAUGGUUAAAACAAAAAUCAGAUCUUUAACAUCUUAAUUACAGCAGCUACAGCAUUGAAAAAACUAAUUCAAGAUUAAAAAAAAUUAAAACACAAAAAAAAAAUAUAACUUGGUCACCCUAGAGAUUUUUGAAAACUAUUCGAAUUAGUUUUAGAUAAUUAAGUGGUGUAUACCAUUUGCAUUUUAACCAUUAAAUACGGGACAUUGAUUUACACAUUUAUACCUAUUGUACGUAUAACAUUUUGUUUGCGCCGGCCAGGGGGUAUUUUCCCAUACCUACUUUUGAGCAUCAUCCUUUAGCUAUGAAACUGCGAUUCUGCAAAACUCGAGCCGGCGUCCGCGCUUUAAUUUUAAAACUGUGAUAACGAACGGAGUAAAUAUCACUUGAUUUUCGUUUUAAUUAUCAUUUGUAUACAUAAUAUUAUAUAUAAUACUUACAUGUUACUCUGUGUGUUGUAAGUUGGUAUUGUUACGGAAGAUGCACAAAUGUUGUCCUAAUGUUAAGUUGAAUUUAAAAUAAAUCCAGAGAAGUUAGUAAGAUUAAAUGACGUCACGUGUGCAGCGAUCGAAACAAUGUUAAAUAAGAAGUUGUUGAUUUUCUUGUGAGGUACUUGCACCAUGGUUCGCUUGCUUUGGUUUUUUUUUAUUUAUAUUAUUUAUUGAAUCGCCUACAACCAGUAGGUACACAGAACAUAUAAAUAAAAAGUAUACAAUGAUUGUGGACAAAGUGUGAGCUACUUAUUAUAUACAGCAUUCAAAAAAAUAUUUUUAAGAUUGAAAAAAAAUAUAUGGAAUUUCUUUAAUAUAAUUAUAUAUUAAAGAAGUUAAAAAAUAUAAAUGCUAUUCAGUACAUGAAGAUAAUAAUCACUGACCGAUUGCAUAUUUAACGAUGGCGCCUUAAGAAAGGUUUAAACUUUGGUGGAACAAGUUCACACUGCCAUUGGAGUGCGACAUUCAUAUAGUGGUAGUAUGGUAUUAUCGCUAUUAUCUUUCCUUUCUCUUUUUUUAAUGUCCGGCCGCUCAGAGAUUGCAUUUCUGACACCUGUCAAUGUCAAUGAAAGAGAUAAUAUCAAUGAGAUUUUAAUAUCUUUUAGCCGUAAUAACAUUAAAAACACAGAUUAAUCAAUAAUAUACAGAUGGAGCGUAUGGAACACGACGGUAGCCGCUCCAAAUACGAAAUUCAAAAAGUAAUACAUUCUCGAGUCAGUACGACGCGAACAGUCGCAUCAGUAAUUUUCAAUAUUGUUUAAGAAUAAUGGCAUCUUCUGUUUUUAAAUAUUUUAAAAAGUGUUCACAAAAACUAAAGAAUUAUUUUGUUAUUGGUAAUUAUUAUAUUAAUUUACGUAAUUGUUGUUAGUGUUAAAUUUUGAAAUACAAAUUAUGAAAAAAGUUUUUUAUGGGCUUCAUCGGCUUCAGUAUGUUGCUUGUAAAGACUCACUUUGGUUACUCUGUGAUUAAAAAUAAAAUAAUAUAAAAAUGUGACAGUGUCAGGAACGCAAUCUCUGAGCGGCCGGACUUUAAUGUACUUAAUAAAUUAAUUAAACGAAAAUUGAGGGCAUAUCUACACAGGGUGUCCACUCUCUGGAUAGUCAGUGAAACUCGGUGAAAUCAACGGAAAAAUCACGGGAAAUCAGGAAAAUAUUCAAAAUUUUAUACUGUUUGAUGUGUGGCGUUUUUUUUGUUAAGAUUAUGUUUUUGAUUUAGUUAUUUUAGACUCUAAUUAAGCUUGGUAUGAAUAGAUCUGAUGGCAUGAUUGAUUUUAAUAACUACCUACACCACACAUAAACACGUAUACCUACUUUUAACUUCAAACAUAGGUACAAGUGAUCAGAUGACAAAGCACGAAUAGUAGUGGCUAGUGGGCACCCUGCUGAAGCUUAUAUUUAAAAAAUUAGAUGCGUAUUAAUUAGACUAACGCCGGCCGCACACUAUCAAGUAUAUCGACAAGUAACUUACGGAUGUAAGCAGUAAAAAAUAUAAGCGCGCUGCAGACUUCACAGUAUAUUGACCGUGUGUGGCUGGCGUUAGACUCGGGCGCAAGUAUGUACCGUUGACAGCUUCAAUUGAUUUUUUAUACUUAAUUAUUGUAAUAUAUUCAUAUAAAAUAUACCAUCACAAGGUUUCCGUCCACUUCGUGCUCGUAGGGCAGUGACGUCGCGUUCUGUACCAAGAUUUUAAUUUAUUUGUGUUGUGUAUAUAAUUUGUUAGCGGUGGAUUCCGCAGAAUGUCCUGCGUAGGAGACGGGUGGUCGAACUAGUGUUAAAUUGAUGUAAUUACUUAACAUACACAACUAUUAGGUAUCUAAAUUGUAACAUGAUUGUGGUCUUACGUCGUUCGCGCUCGGCCUAGGUAGACGGUAGUUAAAAACGGCAAAGAAAAUUUCUAAUUUAUGAUGGUUUGGGUUUGGUUGUAGUGAGGUAAGACGACAGGACGAGCGCGUUCGUUGUGUAAACUGAAGGAAAGUAAGCAAAGCAGAAAUGUAUUUUUAAAUUAUUAUAGUUUUAAGGAGGCGCCUGCAUUGAAAGUUACUAUGAUUCUUUAUUGCUUGCUCUUCAGUUUUACACAAACGCGCCUGGUCGUACGUUUACUAUUACAACCAAGGUCAAACAAACGUUCAGGGUGACCAGCUCCCUGUUUGAAUGCAAGGAUUGCGUAUCUUUUAGGCAACAGGAGUCCCGACAGUUUGAGGUAUUUGCGACGAUACAUACGAACUAUUAGUGUUAAAACAACGAGUGGAUUACGAUUCGUAUCAGUGCCGUGCGCCGAAUGUACCUAAAUUGAGGAACAGUUGGUUCUCACGCCAGCCACAGACCAUCAAGUUUAUCAUCCAGUUUGCUAGUCCAGCUUAAAAAAUAUCAAAAUUGUACCUAUAACCAUAUUUCGAUAUUUUUUUACUACACAUCUCUAAACGUCUUGCAGACUGGACCGUAAACUUGAUAGUCUGCGGCUGGCUUAAGUGAUCCGGGAACCACGUGAGCGACGUUGGACAUUAAUUUUUGAGGCUCCAUUAACUCAUUUUAUUAUUUGAAAAUUAAAUAAUUGUUAAAGUUAGAGAAGAAUUACAAGCAUGUAUGUGUAUUUAUAGAAUAUUGUUGUUUAUCAUGUUACGUGCGUAGACCGUGUGUGGCGCCCCGGCGGAGCGCGCACUCAGCCUCCGCUGGCACCUUCAGCCUCCUCAGGGCCGGACUGAGCAACUGUCUAGAGAUCAAAAUAAUUCCUAUGACCUUUGAUUUGGAGAUUUCAAUAUUGUUUGGUGAUGAUUUCACUCACCUCCUUUCAUAGAUUAAAAAAAAAAGAUUGCAUAGCCUAAGGGUCAAUCUGGCCCUGAGCCUUCUACAACGAAAUGUGAAACAUUUGUAUCGGUGCUAAGUCAGCUGGAAGGGCACGUCUAAUAAUGUCAUAGUUGUGCUGUUCUUGUCAUGUUCUUUGUGGGGAAAAAAUAAACUUUUAGAUCUGGCAUUGGCGCUAAUCGAUUGUAAAACUAAACUCAACAGUAAGACUUUGAGCGGGAAUUAAACAAUUAUCUAUUAUAAUAAUAUAAUACAGAAUUGUAAGAUGAAUUAUAUUUGGUACAGGAUCGGAGUAAAGUGUGAUUAGCGCCGAUUGUAUUUGAGUUAGUAUGUCGGGAUUAGCACAAUAUUUCGUAUGGAGUACAAUGGUAUGAAAUACGAAGUCGCCAGCGCUCCGUUUGGAGAGAGUAUGACUCGUCGGGUUGCUGUUAAGGGAAGGCCGCGCCGACACGUCCGCGGACGCGUGUACUGUGCGUCCAGUGCCCGGACACUCGCUCAGAGUGGCGCCGGACGCGUGUACUGUGCGUCCAGUGCCCGGACACACGGACGCACCGGUGCGGCGUUUGGUUGUUGUCGUCCGGCUGCUCGUAGCCGGCACGUUGUGCACUACAUUUUUAUGUCACAUUUGAUAUUUUAGAUAAUCUCUCGAAAAUAUUACAAUUACUAUUAGAAAAUAAAUGCCAUUUAUUGGA